AUGUAUGCGCACGGGCGCAUGUCAGCCUCAAGUGGCUGCGUGCCGAGAUGUACGCGCACGGGCGCAUAUCGGCCUGGAGAGGCUGAGUGCCGAGUUGUACACGCACGGGCGCGUAUUGGCCUGGAGAGGCUGAGUGCCGAAUGCUGGGAUGUCCUGGAGAUGGAACCAAACCGGCUUUCCUCUGCCAGGACCCUGCAGCGGGCCCCAGAGCAGACCCUGGAGUGGACCCGGGAGCAGGCUCUGUACUGGACCCUUGAGAAGACCCUGGACUGGACCCUGGAGCGGACCCUGGGAGUGGUGGACCCUGGAGCCGGCUGA